UGGACUGAUGGGUUAGACAGAUCGGAUCUCUUGUGGCUUUCCUCUCCUCGUCUUUGACAGAGGAAUAUAUUCAUCAUGAGUCCUCAUCAGUUUAAUAUUGGUUAAAUUCGCUGCUUGGUUUUCUCUCUUGGUCAUCGAUGGAGGGAUUCAUCAUGAGUCCUCAUCAGCUAAAGUUUGAUUAAAUUUGCUGCUGGCUUUCUCUCUUGAUCUUCGUCAGAGGAAUUCAUCAUGAGUAGUCAUCUUCUGACGCAGCACAUUUAUUCAACGGAUGUUGAUGGCGCCAGAGAGGAAAUAUUUCGGUUUCUUAAAUACAAGAGCUACGUAAAGGUCAUCUAUUUUGAUGGUUGGGAUCGAUUCGGGGCGUCCGCUGUUCUUAGAUCCAUAGCAGCAGUGCUCCCGUCCAGGAGAACCACUCCGGAACUAUGCUUUGACAGAAUAAUUUAUAUAGAUUGCUCUGAGUGGAAAAAUAGAAGAGCAAUGCAGAGGGCAAUUGCAGAGGCUCUGGAACUUGACCCUUCAGUAAUGGCCAGUCUAGAUGAGCAAGAUGAAGAGGAUGACUUUAACGAAGUUGAUGAAAGCUCAAGGAAUGAGAUAGGCAUUGUUGGACAAGCGAUUGAUCAAACCCUGAGGGACACCAAAUUGAUGAUGAUUUUCCUUAACGGAAGUGAUGAAGAGGUUGACGUAGGAAUUCCUCUUACAAGAUAUGGAAACAAUGUAAUGAUAUGGACCUUCAGUAGAAGAUGCCUGGAAUUGAAUCAUGACCGUUCAAGGGUAGAAAACAAGCUAAGAUAUACGCAUGCUAUCCUUGGUUUCCGUGAUUCUAUCAAAGAGUUGUCAUUGUCACACUUUUGUGGUCUGCUGCAUCAAGAAGCUGCUACCAUAGUUGCUCGCAACCCAUGUAUGCUGGACAUCAACCCAACAAUUGUGGCAGAUUGUUGUCUCUAUGAGUUAUUUCUGCAUUACAAUUUUCACAUGGCCACCAAUUUUGAUUGGGUGUCUCAUGCUUCCAACUAUUGGGUAUGCGAUGCAAUCAUACAAGGGUACACAGCAAGGGAUAUUAGUAAUGCAUUACAUCGAGAGAUAAAUUGGAAGUGCAAUGAUGUUUCUAUGCUAGAUGGUGUUCUUAAAUGGUAUGUGAAACAGUUGAUGCUUCCUUUUCUCGUAAUUAACGAUGAUGUUGUCUAUAAAGAAGGCCCAUACUGUUGGAUAUCAGUCACAUCGAGGAAUAUAGAAGUUCAUCGUAUGCAAACUAUACCUGCAGUGACAUCAUCUUUCUUCUUGGCAUUUGAAAGAUCUGACCACCCACCAACUUUACCAAAUGUACUUUUUGAACAUUCCAGCAAGCUUGGUGUGCUAGUUCUCAAAUGGUGUGCCUUUGAUUUUGCAUUACCUCCUUUCCUAAAAUGCCGUAGCCUAAAAUUCCUUGGAUUGGAAAACUGCACAGAUGAUAAAACACGUCAAGGAGAUGAUCAUACAGAUUGGGCAUAUUUAUAUAGCCUAUCGGUGUUGGAUCUGCGUUACACAGAAUGGAAUCAAAUCUUAAGUGAAGAAAAGAUGGAUCUCAUGACUAAUAUCAGAGAGCUAAAUAUAGAAGGAGUCAGGGGUUGGCAGUAUAUAGCUAACCUACAACGGCGGCUCCCUAACCUCCAGAGGCUCCGAAUAAUCAAACCAACAUGCCAAUGGAAGACAUCAGAGGAUUUUGAUAACUCUUUUAUAGAUAAGCCAAGUAUGGAAAUACUUGACUUGUCAGGCAACAGUGACAUGGAAAUUCUUCCAGCAAGCCUAUCAACAACAAGUAGCCUUCGGUUGCUUGUACUUGAUGGUUGCUAUGGGUUGGAAAAUGUUGGCGGGCUUCCUUUGUCCCUCGAAUAUUUUAGCUUUAAUGGUCAUGGGCCAGCUUCUCAAUGGACGCAAACCGUUGAGCUACCUCCGAAACAAUUCCGUUCAUCCACGACAACAGGUAAUAAGGAUAUCAGAGUGUCCAAGAUCUCCCUACAAGGUUGCACGCAAUUGAAGAACCUGUUUUUGUGUUGGCUACCCAACCUCAUAGAAUUGGACCUCUCUGAAACUGCAAUCAAAAUACUUGAUUUCAAGAGUAUGGUGGUGCAAGUCCCAAGGCUCAAGCGGCUAUUUCUAAUAGGAUGCAAGCAUCUUCGUGCUAUAAUUUGGUUGGAUGAGAGUGGUUCUAAGGUAAAAUCUAACCUGGAAUUGGUGUGCAUAGACACGCGAGUUGGGAUUGUGUGUGCUCGGCCAUCCAUCAACAGGAUCAAAUCCUUCCGGUUGCAGGUGCAUGUUGUUGCUAUGGAUGCGAGGCUUACUCGCUCUUUGAAGGGUCUGUUGUGGCCUUAUUUAAAAAGGGACACACCUGAGGAUGUGUUGAGACCUAAAGGAUGGGACGGACCAAGUCGUAAAGGCCCACCUAAAGAUGUUUAUUCUUAUAAUAUCCACCUCACCUCCUCACCUGUGUAUGAUGGAGUUGUUCAAUUUGAAGCAACCCGCAAGAAUAAGAUUGGCCCCAGUGAUCAAAAGAGCUUGCAACAGAUUAUUCCAGCAGGCCCGUACAAUGAUGUCCUUAGCAUGGUUAGCGAUCCCCCGAUGCAGGCUUUCCCGCAACCUCCGACUACACAGUCGGACCGGCAUAUAGAGAUUGCUAAAGGGAGCUGCUAUGUGGAGAGAGAACUGAAUGGAGAUCUCGGUGGAUUAAUGGGAUAUUAUACGGAAUCCCUGCAUGUGCAUGACGUAUCCAUUCGUGCCAUUGUUCUUCAUGAUACGAGUGUCCCUUACGGGUGUCCCUUCCUUAGGUGGUGCUGCGUGGAGAGGUGCCCAAAGUUGGAUACCGUCUUUGUUUUGUCUGAUGGAUUUAUUAUGGUGGAGACCUUGUGGGCAUCGGAUCUCCUAAUGGCCCGCUGGAUUUGGAGUGAAAAUCCCAACCAUGUUUACUUGUACAUCGAAUCCUUCCAAGAUUUACAGCACCUACACCUGCGCUCCUGUCCCAGCCUCCAGUUCGUGCUCCCGGUGUUUGUCUCCUCCUUCAACGGCUUGAAAACCCUCCACAUCAUCCACUGCGGCAACCUCGUGCAUGUCUUUGAGCUGGACAAAAAGUACGCAAAUGCCCCCCACAUCAUCCACGACGGUGUACUAUUCCCGAAGCUGACCACCAUCCACCUACACGACCUCCCGAAGCUGCAGCAGAUAUGCGAGGUCAAGAUGGUGGCGCCCGCGCUCGAGAGCAUCAAGAUCAGGGGGUGCUGGAGCCUGCGCAGGCUACCAUCCGUGGGCGCCCGUGGCCAAGGCGAGAAGAAGCCGACCAUUGAGAUCGAGAAUGACGUGUGGGACGUUCUGGAGUGGGACGACGACCACUGCCCCGACCACUUCGAACCGCCAGUCCACUCGCGCCACUACAAGGAGAGGCUGCCCAGGGUCUCCGUUCUGAGGUGAACUCUGCGCUGCUGCAUUCGUUUCUUCCGUCGUUACAUCAAAACGAUGGAUGGAUGCUCCUGCUUCUGCUGCUGGAUCGAGGGUUGAGUUUUCUUGUGUGCUUUGCUUGGACUGAUGAUAUUGUGUGGCGUUGUUGCCAAUGCCUGAUGUGGGAGCUUAUGGUGGCUCUCACCUUGUGUUAUAUAUAUUGUGGCUUUCAAAUAAGAGACGGACAGGUCGGUGCCUGCAUACACAGACCUGGCCGACGCGCGCGCGUGUGUGGUUUGCGACUGCAGUGUCUAUGUGUGUGCAUCCACCAGGCUGCAUUUGCGCGCGUGUGUGUGUGGUUUAAUGAGUGCCUGCUU